GCAGCCAUCAUCACAACAUCGAUAGUUAACGUUAGUUUUUAGUCCCCUCAGCUUUAAUUCAGGAGGACAACUAAUGAGAAUGAAGCAAACAGCUCUGAAGGAUGUAUGUGUCUGUCUGCUGAUAUCAGCUGGAAUAAUAUUUGGACAUGAAACCGGUCCAGCUGUGGUCAGAGUGGUUGUGGAAGAAGGCAGUGAUGUUAUUCUACCCUGUUCUCUCAGCUCCAAGGAGAACAUUGUAGAUAAACUGUUUGACUGGAGGAAAGAUGGUCAGAAGAAGAAGAAGGAGGUGUUCAUGUAUGAUGCAGGCGAUCAUUCCAAUAACGGCCAAGAUGAGCAGUUCAAAGGUCGAGUCUCACAUUUUUCUGAUCAACUGAAGAACGGUAACGCCUCCAUAAAGAUCAGAGAUACGAAGAUAUCUGACAGUGGAAACUACACCUGUCAUUUUCCUCGUCUUCAACCAAGACAAACCUUCUACAUUGAGCUUGUUGUUGAGCUUACCAUUAAAGACCGAUCAGGAGAAAUCACAGGAGCAUCUCCAAAGCCGUACAUCUGGACACUGAAUGUCACAGAGUACAGAGCACUGCUGCAGUGUGAGGUUCAAGGUGCUUCUCCUAAACCUAAAGUAGAGUGGAAGGACAGAGCUGGAAACAUCCUUCCUGCUGAGGAGCCACAGGUCUCAGACAGAGGAGGACGUUACUACGUUACCCUCCUCACCACUGUGACCAAGACCGACCACUACCGCUGUGUAGUCACACAGGAGGAAAUCCACCAUCAGACUCAUUCUGAGACCUACGUGUUCAUCUAUGAGAAACUGUGUGAGGAAUCAUCCAGCAAAGAGCUCAUUGGAUGGUUGGGUGGAUUGUUUAGUGGAUUGGUUUUAGGAGUUUUAACUCUUGCUGCAGUUCAGUUUGUGCUUGUGGCUACAAAGUGCAUCGUAAUACGUCGUAUUAAAGGUUCUCAUCAGCAGAGCAACGGUGCUUCUAAAGCUCCUUCUAACGGUUCUUCUAACGGUUCUUCUAACAGUUCUUCUGACGGUUCUUCACAGCCACUUAACCCACCACCUGUUUGAUAGGUUCAUGUUGUGGAGGGGUGUGUGCUGUACAGUGUACAUGUGCAAUCUACAACCACUUUGUCUUCCUACCCUUCAAUACUCUGCAGUAAUCAGAUGUAGUUGAUGAGUUGCACCUCAACCGUGAAUACCACCACAGUAACUGCUUGUAAACCAACUUGACCCAAAGGCUCAUGUUGGAGCAGGAAUUGGACGUGAAAUCAGGGGGAAAUUAACAACAUCAAUCAAGAUUACAGGUUUAUUAGGAUUACAGGACGUUUUCCUCAGGUAAAUUCUGCCAAAGUGUUUUAUAUCUGUGCCACUUAAUGUUAGGUUAGUGUUGAUACCUACACUCUCUACGGUCUUAGAUAUAUUUCAACAUAAGGCAGCUCAAACAACAAAGACCAUUUUUAUUACAGGGCUUUUUUAUGAAUGAAUUGUAUUGUCCCGUAUUUCCUCUCACACUGUUGUCCAUGAAGACUCAAAAUGUAACUUUAUGCUGGACUGUUACAUGUAUUAUAGCACAUAAAUGAAUGAGGUGAAGCAACAGACAACUCAAAAAAACAGGAAAAAACACUUGUGAUAAAUAAUAAGGGAAAAGUACUGAUAAAACUAAAGAGACAUAGAGGUCAUAUUGUAUGACAUUACAUCUACAUUUUUAUUUCUCAAAGGUUUCAGAACAAAAAGGUCAGGUACACUAAAUAGAUAUAUAUUAAUGACACUGUAACAGAGCAGAGAGAUAGUGGGUUGAUUCGUCAGAACAACAGAUUCCUGAAUCUAUGAUGUGUGAAUAUAAAGUAACUUGUAGCUUAAUCAUGCUGUGCCUUAAAACAAGAGACAAAACUUAAAUACAACCAAAAGGAAGCUUGUGAAGUGAAGCAGUAAUGGUUGAUAUCAUGGAUGUUGAACAUUAAUAGUCUGAAUAAGCUUGUGAGAAGAGACUCUUAAAUGAGAGAUGAGAAGAGAUGGAAACAAAAGACUUUUCUCAGAUCUGAGAUUGUAAUAAACAUUAAUGCAGAUCAGAUUCCUAGCUGAAGGAAAAAGGGAAACGAUUGUAAAGAGAAGGUAGAGUUAAACUCACACUGGUUUUAAUUCUUAAAAAAGGUCUAUUUAUUGACAUGGGAGGUCCAGCUGAACUUGCUUGUAAAUAUUUUAUAGUAUAUAUUGUCAGCUAUCUUCUGUGUUGCUUCAAUGUGCCUUGUUGUGUUUGUCCACUGUAAUAUACUCUGACUGAAUGUGUAUUAUUGAUGCUGACUGCCAUUACAGAUAGUGAGCAUACACACUGCAUUAUAGAAGAUGGUGUGUGUUUACUAUUAGUUAUUUGUACUGAAGUUUCAUGUUUUUAUUCAGGUGCCAUACUGAAAUAUAGUUUGACCAAACCAGCUGUGCUUUCACAAAGUUUUCAAUGUUUCCAAGGUGUCUCUCUCAUAUUGGUGCUUUGUUAAAUUUCCUAAGCAAUAGUGAGGCAUUACAAUCAUCAUGACUGACACUACGAUUGUGUAAAUAAACUUUUUGAACAAA